AAAGAACUUAGCAAGCAACUCGACGAGACAAAAGAAGAGUUGAAAAGACAGAAAACUGUGAAAGAAAUGUUCAUCAACAAGGGAAAAGAGACAAAGAGAGACCUGGAGAGACUGAGAGCAUACUGUGAUCCUCACACUCUCAGCACUGCAAAUAUUGCCGCUCAGGUGAGAGAUACCACCAGAGAGAAGAAAAAGAAAGUCCUCCACAAACAUUAUGAGGAACUGCAAGUGGCUCACAUAACCAGCCAAGAGAAGUUCACAGCUGAGCUCCAGGCAGAGAAGGAGAAAAAUCAGCCUCUCCAAGCAAAACUGGACACAAUUGAUGCUGAAUACCAUGAAAUCAACAACAAGCUUCAAGCUGAAAUCAACAGGGCCAGACAGCAGGCUGACACCCUUCAGUGUGAACUUGAGAAGGAAUCCCAGCAAAGGAUGAUCGUUCUAAAGUACUAUGAGGAGCUGCAAGAGACACACAGACACAGCAAGGAGACGCUCACUGCUGAGCUCCAGGCGGAGAGGGAAAACAAAACACUUCUCCAGCAAGAACUGGACGGCAUCAAACUUUCACACCAUGAGGACCACCUAAGGUAUGGAACUGAGGUCGCCAAUGUCAGACAGCAGGCUGGUACCCUUCAGCGUGAGCUAGAGAAGAAGAACCAACAGAAGACCGUCCCGCUAAAAGAAUACGAGGAGCUGCAGGCAGCGCAUCCACAUCCAGGAGACGUCCUCAGCUGAGCUUCAGGGUGAGAA